AUGGUCGUCCACGUUGGUACAAGACUUGUCCGAUCUUCAAACAGAUUUGUUAUCCAGAUUCUCCUUGACUACAAUUUGCCGCCUGAGGUUGAACUUGGUUGUCUGAUGACUUGUGAGAUAUAUGGCAAUCAGCUUGAUAGUUGUCGCACUAUUGCCAAUCGUGAUCGUGGGAUUGAUGUAGGGACCAAAGCGGAUGCUGGAUCGACGCCGCUUGCUGAAAUUGCCUUGUUUGUCCGAAGAAAUUCACGUCCUGAGUAUAACCGACGGUAUGCCAAAAACUUGGGAUGGUGCUACAUUCUUGUGGAUUGUCGUAGCAUGGCGCAAAUUCUCAAGAGCACCGGAUUUUGCCGCCAAGGAACCAGUAUCAAGCCAAAGACGGAAUUCUCCAUUCCUCCAAGCGGAAAUGAUUCCCUUGAACACCCCGGUUUCGCCUCCAAGAAACCAGGAUCAAGCCAAAGACGGAAUUCUCCAUUCCUCCAAGCGGAAAUGAUUCCCUUGAACACCCCGGUUUCGCCUCCAAGAAACCAGGAUCAAGCCAAAGACGGGAUUCUCCACUCCUCCAGGAAAAUUUUUCCAAGCCGCCAAAGGCUGGCAGUAACCAUCACUGGCACCACCCGCCAAAAGAAGGACAACCCCAGCUUCAGGAAUCCCCAAAGCAAAGGCAAGGGAAUGAACGGGGACUUACAUGGCACACUGAACUACAACCGGUGGGAGAUCCAGAAUAUGAAGAGCAAUGGGGAUAGCGAGGACGGUACAGCCGGUGGUGGGGAGGGGAACACCGCUCUGGUUGCAAGGGUAUUGCAGGAACACCAUCCACAUGAGUUGGAACUGACUGAAGACAACCUUGAGAAGGAAUGA